GCAUCGUAUUCGCUGGCAUCAGAUAAUAUUAAUAUCCCAUGAGAAUAAAAUGAAAAGAGGGGAUCAGAUGCGCAAACGAUCACCAACAGCGGGAUCCAAAUGUUCCAAGAGCCUCCAGAGCAAAACUGUGUCCCCAAACGCCAUCUCAUGGUCGGAGACUGAGGAUGGAGGUCUUCGAGAAGAUCCCAGUGAUGAUGACAAAAGGCAAUAUAAGGGGACAAGAUACAUCACAGAAGACCUGAUCAGGAGAUUGACUAAAUGUGAAAAUUUAGUCCUUGUGGGGACCCUGGAUUUGUCUACGUCUGCAGAAAGUGACAAACAGUUUAGAUAUAUUGAAAAUUUGGAUAAGUGUGAGCGCUUACACAUUCUCAACCUCAGUAACAACAGGAUCGAGAGAAUCGAGAAACUAGAGAAACUAUGUCAAUUACGGGAACUCCACCUUUCCAGUAACAGGAUACGAAAAAUUGAAGGUCUAGAGCACAUGUCAAAUCUUCAGGUUCUGAAUUUGGCCUUCAACAACAUUGAACAUCUUCCAGUUUGGAUAGCAAAGAAGCUCAGAUCUCUUCAUACUAUAAAUCUACAGAGAAACAAGAUAUUCUCACUUCAUGAAAUAACUAAACUGAAGACCCUGAAGAACCUGACGAGUCUGUCAUUAGCAGAAACCCCCAUCUCCAGCCUGCCCCAUUAUCACCUCUUCCUAAUCUUCCAUCUGAGGUCACUGGAAAUGUUGGAUGGACAACCAAUCAGUCCACAGGAAAGAGAGCAAGCACAUCAGCGCUUUCACAUGGAGGAAGUGGAGCGUUUGGAGCAAGAGCUGGAGUUGAGAGCUGAAGAGAUUGCACAGCUUCAGAGAGAGCGGACCACAGCCCUGGAAGAACUAGAGCGGCGGGAAACGCUCAACCAAAACCUGAGGCAACAGCAGCAGGAACAACAACGGAGCCGUGAGGAACUCCGGAGAGAACUUGACACCAAAUCUGAACUGCUUCCACAUCAUACUCCUCUGCUCGAUUCUCUCUGUCAGCUGAAGCAGAAAACAGUGGAGUUGACCCGGGCCUGUCAGAAACACUAUGAGCUUGAGCAGGAGUUGGCUUUUCACAAAAUAGAUGCCAAGUUUGAACCUCUUCCGUUUUAUCCAGAUCCUGAGAUGGAGGUGGAGAACCUUUCUAGCGAGAGUCCAUACAUAGGAAAGUCUCGUCAGAAAAGGAACAUCACAUUUCCAUCAGAGACGGAUAGCAUGGGUGCACAAAACCAGCAGCAGCCUGCCUCAGCGGACCUGACUGAGACAGACACCCCAGGACAACAUGCUCAGCUUAGAGCUGAGGAUCGAUUACAGCAGUUGCAUAAAGAAAUUGAGGCAAAAGAGCAGCAGAUCCUUAAAGCCAGUGAAGAGCUCCGGCAGCUAGAGGAGACAGUUUCUCAGAGACGGAUCUGUGAGGUUGAGAAGGAUCAGCUCAGGCAGGAGCUUCAGAGGAGGAUACAGAGGCUGGGAGAGAUGAGAAGAGAGAUGGAGGCUGUGGAGAGGCAGCUGGACAGACUGAAUGCUGAGAGGAACCAAGCCCAGGAGGAAACGGACCAGCUGCAGAAUCUACUGCACAGCCUGGAUCCCAGUGACCCCAGACAUGCCCAUGUAAAGGCUCAGUUGUCCAAGAAGACACAGCUGCUGGCCAUCAUGAGCAGAAAGCACCAGGAACUGGAGAGCAGGCUGGAUGACAUGAUCACACGCAUCCACAAGGAGACACAGGAGAUAAAAGAACUAGAGCAACAACUUACUGAUGGUCAGAUCGCUGCUAAUGAAGCACUCAAGCGUGACCUGGAGGGCAUCAUCGCAGGUCUCCAGGAGUAUCUGCAGGGGGUGAAGGACCAAGCACGAAGAGCCAAGUUAGACUGCAGGCAUCUGCAGAGGGAGAAAGACGCUCUGCAAUGCCUCCUAUGUGAGAAGGAGCAGCAAUGCACACAGCUGCAGAAAGAAGCUCUGAGUGCUAAAAGCGCACAGGAGGAACUGCAGCAUCAGCAGCAGGAGUUGGAGGAUCUGAGGAAGGAGAAUGAAGAGCUGAAGCAGGCUCAGGGGCAGGUCAGUGAAUAUGAGGCAGAGCUGGAGACUCAACUGCAGGAGAGAGAUACUGAGGCCACACAGCUGAAGGAGGAGCUGAACAGACUGCGUCGACUAAGUCAAAUGGAGCACUCUGCACUGCAGGCAGAGUUGCAGAAAGGAAGACAGGCAAAAGAGAACGCUUUGGCACAGAUGCAGAUGGCUGCCGACAGAGAGCUUGAGAACACAGAGCUUCAGCAACAGGUCAAUGCUCUCCAGGAGGAAAGAGACAGUCUUAAGGAGAAGGUGGAUGCUCUUCAGUGUGAUUUGGAGCAGGUUAGGGAGGAACUGCUUUGCCCGGAAAGUGUGGCUAAACAUUUAGGAGAGCUGAGAAGAGCCAUAGCUACAGGACAAGAAAUACUAAGCUUUGAAGACCUUGGAGAACCAGUGAAUAAGAAAUUCAUGGAGCUACAACAGGAGGUGCAUCAUGUGGUAUCUGCUGCUCAGAGAGAUAGAGACGAGGCCCAGCGCUGUCAGGAGAGACUUGCUGGAGAGAUGAGUUCGCUCACAGAGAGACUCAGGAAGUAUCAAGAAAGAUACCAGGCUCAGCAGGCAGCAGAGAGACGGGGUGAGGAGGUGGAGCUCCAUAGAUUGAGGAAGGAGCUGGAAGAUGCUCAUCAGCAGCAGUACUUGAUGCUGCAACGUUUAGAGGAGACGGAAAUGGACAGGGACCGUCUUCUUGCUGAAUUAGAAGAACAAGAUAAACAGGUGAAAGCUGAAGAGAGCCAGACUCAGGAGCAGCUAGAAUCUCUCAGUCUGGAGUUGCAGGCGCUCAGGAGCUCUUUUUCCUCUGCUGACAGAAUGGCUGCCCAACAACUGACUGCAGCAAAGGACAAACUUCACUCUCUUCAUAGCACUAUAGAGAAAAUACAUCAGGAGAGAGCAGCGAAUGCAGAGGAGUUACAAAGCAGCAGGAUUCAGGCUGCCCAGGCCAUUCAGGACUUGGCUAAUGCUGAAACAGAAAUCAAGGUUCUCCAGAAGCUUUCGAGAGAUAGGGUUCAUGAGACAGAUGGGAAUCUCCACAGUGUCCCAAACUCUAGUAUUCAACAGCAAGAAUUGGACAGAUUAAACCAAACCUUGAAAAGACAACAGGCCCAAACCAAACGUCUCAGAGAUCAACUAGCACAAGCAAACAAAGCUAACAACGUAAAUCUAGAAGAGCUUCUGGAAGAGAUUGGAGCACUGAGGGAGACUCUUCUACAGCAGAAUAACUUCCUGUCCAGUUUAGGAGAUCCCCUGCCAAACACAGGAUGUUGGUACUAUGUCCCGUCAAAUCAAAAUGCCCCUAGUUUUGGAUCUCAGGGCACACAAGACUCAGGACUGGGCUCUGUGCACCCACAGUCCCCUGAGAGAGGCCGGCGGUCUGCCGGGAGAGCACACAGGGAGAGAAGACUUGUUAAUGGAGGAUACUGGGUCUAUUCCCCCCAUCCGCACACUCAUGGAAAGAGAGAUGCACAGAUGUUCAGAGACAGUGGAAGAGAGAGCGAUAUAGAGACACACUUCACGCCUCCAUCAGUCUCUGCUGGAUUUACUCUACCUGAUGGUACUGUAUUUCCUCCUGGUUCAUUUAUCUACAAUCACCAUGCGCCUGGACUUCCCAUUGGCUCAAGUACAGUCCUCUAUGGGCCGCCCCCUGAUGGAGCCAGGCUGAUGUACGGACCUCCUCCCAGCAAUCUGACUAUUCCUCUGGUGCCCAGUAGAACGCUGCACUGUAAUGUGCCUGGACAUCAGGACUUGGAGCGAGAUCUGAAGAAGGCAGAGCGUAGGCUGAAAGAGGAGUGCGCUGAUAGAGCUCACAGUGAUAAAGAACAGCAAGCACUUCAAGAAAAAACAGCAGACCUACAGCGGGAAAUCAAACGCCUGCGCAGGACUGUCCACACACUGCAGCGCCAUACGAGUGGGCUGGAAGGCUCCUUAUCACGUGCAGAGGAGGAGCAGUGUGGGCUGGGAGAGGUGGAGUGUGUGGAGAAGACCCUGCUGAAGCGCAGAGCGGAACUCAGAGAGGCUGACAGGCUGCUGCUCGAGGCUGAGACACAGCUCAAAGACACUCGAGCCAAGACUAAAGAAAGCGUACAGCGCUACAAUGAGGCUAGAAGGCGAGUGAAAGAGACAGAACGAGAGCUGGUGGAGAUGGAACAGAGAGCUCAAGACGGUGCCACACAGCUGGUGCAAACCAAACAACAGCUCAGGAAUCUUCAAGAGGAGGUUAAGGAGCUGCAGAAAAGGAAACAGGACCAAGAACACACUCUACACGAAGUAGAGGAGGUCCUCGCAUGUCAAGAUGCAAAGUUUCAAGAAGUCAACAGAAGGUUGGAGAGAGCGACUGACAGACUGGAAACAGCUGAGAAAGAGCUCAGAGAGACCCAGAGCCUGGAGGUGAAACUCUUGCAGAGCUGCAGAGAGACAGAAGAAUGUCUAUCACGACACAAAACAGAGCUGGACCAAGUCAGCGCUCAAGUGGUGUUGCAGCAGGAGGAGCUGUCUUUGCUGGACAGGAAGCUGGAGCAGUGGAAGAAGGAAGAGGAAGUGUUGAGAAUUAGUGUGGAGAAACACAGGCAGGGCCUGUUGGAUGUGCUCAGACAGGGAGAGGAGGAUGCCCAACUCUUACACCAGCGCAUUCAGGAGCUCCGUGUGGAUGUGCAGUCUCUGGCCGUGCAGAAGGGAGAGCUGGACUCUCAGCUGUCCGAGAAGAAAAACAGACUGGCACAGUAUAAGAAAGAGCAGCAGAAGGAGGAGGAAACCCUGCAGAACCUCCAUUCAGCCAUCAAAAAACAUAAAGCAGAGCUGAAGCAUGUGUUGGAAAUGGUCCAGUUGGAGACAGGGGAAUUAGAGGGUGUGAAGCUUCAGCAGAGCCAGAAACUGGACCAGCUAGAGAGGAGCCAGGAAACUCUGCUACAGGUGCGUGUAGAACUGCAGCGCGUGCAGCAGGAGCUACAGGAGCAGCGUGGGGAGGCUGAGAGACAGAUGAACCUGCUGGAGAAAGAGAGAGUAGAGCUGCACACCCUCCAACAGAAGUGCCUCGACCCGCAACAGCAAACAGACACAGCAGUCCAAGAGAGGAGCAGCCUGCAGGAACAGUGCAGAAACCUGGAGGCCAGGCGGACACAUGCACAGAGGUGUUUGGAAGCAACAGAGACGAGGGCGAGGACCGCAGAAACAGAGCUGCUUAGACUACGGACUGAGCUGGACAAACUACAACAGGACCAGAAACACGCACACGAUAAACAUCAGGAGCAGCAGCAGCAUGAGGAGGAGUUGAGCAGAUUGAAGAAACAGCUGGUGGAAUCUCAAACUCGUUUAGAUGAGAUCAGAGAGGAGGUGAAGGCUGCGAGAAGGCAGCGGGAAGAGCUAGAGAAGCAACAGAAGGAGCAAAAGGCUGAACUGCAGGAGAAAGAGGAGAAGAUCAAGAGGAGACAACAGAAGCUGGACAGACUGGGUCAACAGCUGCAGGAGCUCAAGGCAGAAGUAGUCAUGAAACAGACACAGCUUCAAGAACAUGAAAAGCUGAUGAGAGUGCAGCAGCAGCAGAGCACUGAUCUGGAGCAGCAGAAGCUGCAGGCAGUAGAGAGCGCUCUGGGCCUCAGGCUGGACCGGAUGGAGCAGAUCGCUGCCGCAGAAAUGGACCUGCAGAGGGAGCGCAAACAGUGCACUGCACUACAAGAGCAGGUGGAGAAACUAGAGCAGGAGGUGUGUGAGCGGGACUCCAGACCAGCGCUGAGGGACGUCAGGAGGCCCAGAGGAACCACAGCCGCACAAACAGGCAAAAACUGCAGGGAGUGGAAAAGGCUGGAAAAAGCUGCUCAAGAAAACCAUAAACAAGCCAGAACGCUGCAGGAACAGCUCAGAACCAUUUCCCAAGAGCUGCUCUGCCUCAAAGACGAACUGCAGAGCCAAGAAGAGGGCAGCACUCAGCUACGUGAGAUCAAGGACAGCGUGCACUCUCUGAGGUCCCAGGUGAAAGCAGAGCUUGACAAUGGGCUGAGGGAGCUGGAGUCGCCCUCUAGUGCCUCCUCAGACACAGACAGCCUGAAAGAGAACCGUCCCAGUGUGGGGAUCCCAGCAUGCAACACUAAGGAUGAACAGUGGCGAGGUGACGUGCUGAGGGAGAGACUGAGGCAGCAGGAGGACCACUUGAAGGUUCAGCUGUGCAGACGCAUGUUCUCCCAACAGGAAGCUCUGAGUCAGCGCAGACUGCAGACUGAAGGCAGCAUUCAGGGCCUGCGCAGACAUGUCGACAAACUGGACCGGCUCCUCAGCAACUCUUCCAAAGACUUCUAUUAUUUGGAUGACCAGGAAGCUCUGCCAAAACAUGCCAAUGUAAUUGAUCAGAAACAAUGCUCCACUGUCCCUUUUGUAUGGACAUCAGCAAAUAUUUGCAUAUGCAGAAACGUAACCAAGCAGCAUAUAUAAAGAAGGAACUAAUUUCCAUUAUUUUUGUCAGAUUAUGAAAGCAGGUGGUUACAGAGGAGCAGCUGGAUUAAACCCGCUUCUACCAGAAACAAGCACGCAGAAACCACUGAGCCAAAUUCACGAGACCGUCUCAAGGACUUCCUGCUUCAGUUAGGGCAGAGUCUGGAAGUGUUUCAGUCUCCUAAACGCCAAAAAAAUAGGCUGGCGUCAGCACUUUCCAUAUACAAAUAAGCAAACUGAAACUUGAGGUAGAAAUAAGAUGGUGAAAGUUUAUUCUCUACCUCUGAUUUGUUCUUGUUGCUUUAUGAAAUUCUUUUUAACACAAACUGAUAUGUACUUUUGCUCAUGUUAAAGUAGACAAUGUCUUGCGAGUGUUUACAGGUGAAACAGAUGCAGGCAGGAAGGUUUCAUGUUUCAUCAUGUGAUGUCAUUGAUGCAGGCUGUGCUCUGGAAUGAAGGAGUUCAUUUUUACACGACUGUUGUCAAAAAUGACCUUGUAUUCAAAGCCAAGAUAUGCAGAGUAUUUAUUACAGCACUUUUCUUUAUAUACAGUUUGUCUAUAAUCAAAUACAACUGAAAUUAAGUGUGCAAUACAAUUAGUAGUCUUUCUUUCGUUUUCUUGUCCAGUUUCUCCUCUCAAGUGGUCUCGGCAUUAUUGCUUAUAUACAGUGUAUGUGGACAAAAACAGUCUACAGUAUUGUCUUUAUUAACAUAAUUACAAACAAAAGUCACUUACAGAAGACAGAACUGAGCAGAAGAUUAAUUUUUGCAGAUGUCAUUAAGAUGUGAAAAAAGCAAGACAGUAGGAGCAAAUUAAAAAUGGAUUUUCAGUUUACAAAACAACACAUCUGAAAUCUACCAUAAUGGACAAAUUUAAUAGAAAAUCAUAUUUGGAGUGCUUGUUUUUGCCUUUUUAGCUGUUCUUUGCAAAUGUGCAUCAAUG